CCAGCGUCCUUGUGGGCACGAGUCAGUCGGCUGUGUAGAGUCAGAGCCUUUUUUCACAAAAUUGAUCAUCUUCACCCACGGCUCAUCCUGCAUCUUUUCAUCACACAUUCGACAUCACGACUCCAAAUGGCAACAGCACGCCCUAGGACACAGCCCAAAGGCUCGUCUUUGCGCUUUUUCAGAGCACCUGCACCACCAAAGACGAAAGCUCAUCCGAUUCCACCUCUUGGCUAUGUCCUUAUUACCUUGGUGGUCAUCCAAUGGUUUCAUGCAACUUCGCUUGCGGUGAAGAUUCAAUGCGUCGUAGGGGCGGCACUAUUCAGCUGCACAGGUAAGGAUAGAGGACCCCGAUAGACUGCUUCGGUAUGUACACGAUUUAUUUAGGUACAGCAACUUCUUCUCUAUACUAGAGUACGCGUUCUACACGAUGACCAUUGAGGAGCCCGAUGGCACAGUGGUUGUGAGGCCCUUUGCUGGUCGUCCCGGACAUACGACAGUGCACCAGUAUAUCAUGAACGUGCUUUAUAUCCCCGUUCUUAUCCAUGGAUUUCAUGCCUUUAUCAGCUCGACUUUUCUUCGCAUCCUGCUGUUUCCACUCAACAUUUGGCUAUUAGAGAUCAUUCAAGGGUAUACGCUAAUCUACUUGAUUGGGUAUAAUGCGGCAUGGUCCUAUAGAGGAUACGACGCUUUUUUCCACGGCAAUAUCAAGUUGUGGUAUGUGCAUCAUUGGCUCAUGAUGGGCGCAGCCCUCGAGCUGGUGAUCCUGCCCUAUGUGCUUCCCUUCACAUAUACCAUCGCCGACGCACUUGUCCAGAAGAUCGCGUUUAAAUAGGCUUGACCAGCAAAAAUAAAGUUUGAGUGACGUGGAAU